UGGUGCUGGUGCGGGGGCCAGCGGCUGCUGCGGCAUCGCUGGGCUCACGAACCUGUCCCUGCCUGUGCACUCUUGGGAGAGGAGGAACGGACACAGCGUGUCGCUGAUGCAUCGCAGGCACAGGUGUGGCAUAUGUUAUGGAUUGAAGAUCAGCACUGGGGAGUGCCCUGUCCUGGAGCCUAGUCAGUGGCCACUGCCUGAAGAAACCAAACGUGGCAAUCCUGAGGGUUACACAGGAACCAUGGUGCCAAAGCGGGAGAGGAAUGUGUGUGCAAGGAGGAGGGGUGGCUGCACGGAGCUGCAGCACACUGAAGCUUCGGUUUGGUGUUUCCACCAGUAUUCCACCAGCCCCUUUGCGAGGAGGCUGCUGAUCUCUGCAGAUCAAUGCCACUGGGAAGCCAUGGCAGCCUGGCUUUACGUCUGCAACCCGGUGGAGCUGCACUGGAGAACCGCAGUGGGCAGCGUGCCACCAGCCCAGCGACACCCAGAGCCCAGAGGCAUCUUGCGCAGCAGGGACCUGGCUACUGCUCUUCCCUCUGCGAUGGCAGGCGGUGGCAGGAGCCCGCCCGGCAGCCAGCAUCUCGCCGGCAACCUUGCGGUGCUGCUCCACUUGGGUUGUGGCGUCCGAGCUCCUGCUCUUCUGCUUCCCAGCCUCAGAGCAGGUUCUUGUGUGGGUUUGCAGGGGCACCGAGAGCAGAGGAGCUGCACUGGCCUGAGGCUUCUCAGUACCCGCCUGCUCAAGCAGGGCAGGGCAGCCCCUCAGCAGCAGAGAUUUGCUCCGAGCAUCUGGAGGAGAGGGAACUGCACUGACCCACAGCAGCACAGCUGGUUCUCACCUGGGGGAGCAGCCCCAGGACGUGCAAUGGAGCUGCCCUGGGCAGAAAGCAAGGGCUGGAGAGGCUGAAGUGUAGGUAGGGAGAGCAGCACUGCUCUGGCUCGCAGCGGGAGGGGCUGCUGGCUGCAGAUUUGCACUCGCAGGUUGCCCCCAGGAGCCAGGUUUUCUCUCUCCCCUGGAGACUCCUCUGUCAGGGAAGGUUAAAUGCGUGAUGGUAGUGAUGGGAACCUGGUCUGCCAAAAUGAAACACUGGAUGGGGCCAAUUAGCAGAGAACUGUCUGUGCAAUAAAGUGCUGAGUCCAACUCUCCUGACGCUGGUGUAUCGGAGAGGGCAUUGCUUACUGGGCUGGAGCACUGACAUUUCGUGUGAACACAACAGAUGCCUACUUGUGCUUUGAAAAUCUCUUCUCUGUCCUGCCAUCGCCCUAGCAAUAUUUCUGAGAACACAAAGGAGAAAGCACUGGAGCACUGCUGGGGAAUUGGAUGAAGAUCAAGGGCACACUUGAGAGCAGCUCUAAACAAGGGUGCCUUUCGAAUCAGGUUGCUUUGUCCUCUCCACAGAUGAUCUGGUACACCAUCAACUCUGCCAGGGUGCCUUGGAAAUAAAUGUAAAGUUACUAUUCCUGCUCCUUCAAAGUUUGCUGCUGAGCAAAUGGAAAAACUGCUUUUGCACUACAGCCUGGUGGGUUCUGUCUCCCUGCUGCCAGAGAGCCGAGCCCUCACGCCCGCAGAGCUGCUCUGAACUCCACUUGUCCCUGCUCAGCCCAGCGCUGCCCUGGGGUGCAGGCAUGGCAAGCAGGACCAGCUGAAACCUCCUCGAGCGGCACGUGGA